AUGUUGCCAACGAAUGGAACACAGCCGGGUGGCAACAGCCACAUGGUUGGACACAUACAUGGCAACAACAGGCUGGCGGGUGGCAAACACAGCAAUGGAAUGGAGGGGGAGGCUCGGAGGACGUCCCUUGGCAACAGCAACAUCGUGAUGCUCAAGGAUGGUGGAGCUGGAAUGGAUGGCACAGCAAUGACGGCAACGCGGCCUGGGACUACCAAGGUCGGCGCUGGGAUGUUCAGAUGGACCGUGAUGCUGAUGGUGCGUGGUGGCAAGCUGGGCCUGCAGGAGGUCCUGGGUCAAAUUGGGAUGAGGCGUCAGCGCAGCAUCGAGACUCUGCUAGUUGGUAUCAGUAUCCUUGGGCGAGACCUCAGACAGCAGACGUUGGUGCUCGACGUGAUGCAGAUGCUGGACACAUGGGUGGACAACCUCAACGAGGACGCGCAGGACAUCGUGGAGGGCGUGAUCGCUGGACUGAACAUCCUCGUGGACGAUCUAAUGAUAGAGCACAUAGGGGGUGACCCAAAGACAUGGUUCCAACACGGCUGCCUCCUCUUCCUCAUCGCGACCACCGCCAACGCAGCCGGUUGGAUUUUGGCGGAGUGGACAGUGGAUAGGGCGGAAGCUGAUCGUGCCCUCUUCCGUCAGCUGCUGGGUGUUCCGCGCAAUGAUCCACACCCGGCAAGAUGGACAGCGCAACAAUGGGAAGAUUGGGAUCGUUGGGCGGCGGGUGUUACCAUGGUUGUAGACUGGAGUGCCUCUGGUGCUCCGAGGUUGGACGACGUCUACUUUGAGCCUGAGGAUGACUACGAUGAUGUUGGGUGGCUACAACUGGGAUGGGGUGGAGAUGAAGAUGCCUCCUCCUUUAUGCAAUUGACGGGGGAUGAGGAGGAGCUGCUGGAUGGUCUGCACAUUCCCGAUGCAGCUCGACGAGACCUCCGGAAUAUGCUUCGCACACUUGUUGCACAUGCGGCUAAUGAUGAAGGUCCCGAAUAUCGUUGGGGUCUGGUGGAGUGGUUGGAUGCGUGGGAGACUGGGUGUAUCCACAUGGACCGGAUCAUGGACUGUCUUCGUCGUCGAGUCAAUGUUCGGGGUGUUCCCUACUAUCCGGUGGUCCGCGAACCGCGUGAGGGUGCUCAGCGAGUGCGCUCAUUGCAAUGGAAUCGCCAGUGGACACAGGUCGGCCUAGUCCUUCGAGAUCGAGGUCGUGAACCUGCGGUUUCUGUGACUGGUGCUGCCAUUGUGCCGGGGACAGAUGAAGCUGCCUCCGAAGUGGUGAGUACGGCUGCGUCUGGGUCUGCAGAUGCGCUGCCACCUGGCCCGUCUAGGGUGGUGCCAGCAGAUGGGGUGUCAUCUGCACAAGUGGAGGAUGUUUCGCUAGUCCAGCGUCUACAACCUGCGGAAGCUCAACAGUUGUCGAAUCUGGGUGUGCGCCGUGACACAGUGACGGCACUAGGCCGGUUCUUUGGAGGGCUUGCGAAUGUCCGUGAUGGGCAUGGCCGUGGGGAGAUUGAGGCCGCUGAUGUUGAGUGGUGCCUGCGGGUUGUUGACCUUGCAGUAAGGAGUUGCAUCCAGAUACAGGACCAUAUCAGCAGUCUAAUUGUGCGCCGUCCGAGGGGUGAACCGUGCAUUCUGCCUGACUCCGAUGGUAGAGGGGGUGUUUGCCAAGUGGCGCACUCAUUGGUUGUGUCUUUGUCGCGGACGUACCUGGACAAUCUGCACAACUCGUUGGCAUCGGCGUGGUUGGACCCAGAUAGCCUUCCUGAAGACCUUCGUCAGGUGCCGCCGAUGGAAGUGUACCAGCAUGAGGAGAGCGAGGACGGGGAUGUUGCUGAGGAUGCGCCGGUGGAUGCAGAUGGAUAUGGUGGAGACAGUGGAGAUGCCGGGGUGGAGCCGAUGGUUGCCACUUCGUCCGACGAUCCUACCGGGGGCCGUCGACAUGCACGCUCUCGCAGUCCUCGUCGUGAAGUCGCUGAUGCGGGUGUGGCUACAGAGGCUGCUCCAGCUGACCGUGUGCCGCCUUCUGCGCGGGAAGUUGCCGGGGAUGUUGAAGUUGAUGAGACAGGCCUCAUGCAGCGUGUUCCUGUCCUCUCUGCGCAGGAGGGUGAAACGUUGGUGGAGUUGGGGUGGACGCAUCCGUGCACUCGGGAGCUUGGCCAAGUGCUGGAGAUGCUACAUGCAUUGCCGCGUGAGGAAGGUGCUUGGAUGGUCGAUGUCCUUCGGCAUGUGAUUCGUACACACCGGAGGAUGUUGGUUGGACUGGAGGAUGUGCUGGAACUUCGCCAAGUCGCUUGCCCGCUCCUUCCUUCGCCUCCCUGUCGCGCCAUGUUGGUGUCUGGGUGUACCUCACUGACACGGGAGCUACAUAUGUCUUGCCUGCGUCAAAUGAUCGACGUCUUGGACAAUGCUCGUGACUACGUGGAGCUGCUGCCGCUGGGGGUGUCUCGGCUGUACGUCCUGGCCACCUGGCUGUCUCUCCUUGCGUGGCUUCCGUUGUUGGUUCUGGAGUACCUGACGGUGAUCCUUCACAUCCUGUUCGGGGUACUCUGCCUGUCCUUCCUGUGCCUGACGGUGCUCUCCCUGACAGUCUAG